GCAUUUCAGAUCUGCUUGGUGACCUGGUGUACCACCAGGUUGGCAGCAAGACUUGUGUGUCUCCGGACACUACCUUCCAGGGUCAUCCGCCCCGCUUUCACCAAGUCCUCCCCUGUUGUGAAGAACUCCAUCACGAAGAAUCAGUGGCUCUUAACACCAAGCAGGAAUUAUGCCACGAAGACAAGAUUUGGGAUGCGGCCCGGGAGAAGUGGCCAAGAACUCAAAGAGGCAGCAUUUGAACCAUCAAUGGAGAAGAUAUUUAAAAUUGAUCAAAUGGGAAGAUGGUUCAUUGCUGGAGGGGCUGCUGUUGGUCUUGGAGCACUGUGCUACUUGGGAUGCUACUUGGGAAUGUCUAAUGAGAUUGGAGCUAUUGAGAAGGCUGUAAUUUGGCCUCAGUAUGUAAAGGACAGGAUUCACUCUACUUACAUGUACUUAGCAGGAAGCAUUGGUUUAACAGCUCUGUCUGCCAUGGCAGUCAGCAGAACUCCUGUUCUCAUGAGCUUCAUGAUGAGAAGCUCUUGGGUGACAAUUGGUGCAACCUUUGCAGCCAUGAUUGGAGCAGGAACGCUGGUGCGGUCGAUAUCAUAUGACCGCAGCCCAGGCCCAAAGCAUCUUGCUUGGCUACUACAUUCUGGUGUGAUGGGUGCAGUAGUGGCUCCUCUGACAAUACUAGGAGGCCCUCUUCUCCUCAGAGCUGCAUGGUACACCGCUGGCAUUGUGGGCGGCCUCUCCACCGUGGCCAUGUGUGCACCCAGUGAGAAAUUUCUGAACAUGGGAGCGCCCCUCGGAGUGGGCCUGGGUCUUGUCUUUGUGUCCUCACUGGGAUCUAUGUUUUUUCCACCCACCUCUGUGGCUGGUGCCAGCCUGUACACAGUGGCAGUUUACGGUGGACUGGUUCUUUUCAGCAUGUUCCUUCUGUAUGAUACCCAGAAAGUAAUCAAGCGUGCAGAAGUAGUGCCGUUGCAUGGAGUUCAGAAGUAUGAUCCCAUCAAUGCGAUGAUGGGAAUCUACAUGGAGACAUUAAAUAUAUUUAUGCGAGUUGCCAGUAUUCUUGCAACUGGCGGAAGCAACAGAAAGAAGUAAAUGAACCUGCUGCUGGCUUCUGAAAUACUUCAGCUAUCUUGCUUAUUUAACAUGGGCAGACACCCAUUAAAUAGUUUGUUCAAGCAAAAAAAA